GAACUGCCAGGAUGAGACGACCAUCAAAGCGAACCAGUGUUCUGGAUGUGGAUGCUGGCGGCCAAGACAUGGGUCUCUCAUCAAUAACGGCCCUGCCCCCGACGACCUGCUGGUGCACCCGAGGGCGUCCACAGCCCCUGUUGUGCUCAAUCGCCGGGCACAGCGGAAAGGCAUCCGCCAAAGCCUGGGAGUCAUUUCGGACUGGGGCCUGUUUGGGAGGCCCUUUGUCUGGCUUGGAUGAGGACGAGCAGAUGGAAGAGGAAGGCGUCACCGCCCUCUGCCGCUACAGCCGCACCGCCCCCAGCCUGCCGGAGCCGAAGUCCGUCUACUUCGCCAAGAAAGGCCUUGGAAAAGGUAAGGGUAUGGGCGCACUGCCCGAGGGACCUCUGCCCCCUACUCCAGCCACCCCGAAAAGCUAUGCUUCGGGAACUUCGCUCUUGUGGGCGCACCACCACCGGCGUCUGGUGGCCUUCAGCCUGUGGUCGACCCGCCCCAAGGGCCAGCUCCGAAGAAGACUGGCUCUGCCUUGGACCAUCUUGGUCAUGUGCCGCAGGGCCCUAUGCGGGUUGCAGUCAUGGGGGCGCGUGGGAGUGAUCUUCAUCCGUCGAGUGGCACAAGAUAUCCUGCACUGGGCGCACCGCCGAGGCCACAUGUCCCGGAUCCAUCUUGCAAAUCGGGACAAUCCAUGCUUUAUGGACCUACAGGAGGCACAUCCGGAACCUCAAGGCGAUCUACCGCCCCUCAGCCCUGCGACCGGAGACCAUCGCCCCCUGUUCACCUUUCAGGACUUCCUGAGGAACCCCAGCCUUGGUCAACAUUACGGGGGGAAUGAGGGGCCACCUCGCCCAGGCCGUGCCGCCCUACCCUGCAUUUACCCGGCCCCGCUCCGCCUGCUCCCGCUUGCAGAGACCUAUGCGGAAGCGGACCAAGCCCAGAAUGUUAUGGGCCGGUGGGCUAUGCAGAUCUUGGGCAAUGGGCCGGCAGUUCCGCCAGAUGAGGGCUCCGGGAACGCUGGCAAGAGAGCCACGCACUGGUACUGCAAAAGGUGCUCCUAUGGGGUGCCAAUCACCCGCACGAUUUGCACCAUGUGCAACCGUGACAGGGAGCAAUGCGUGGUAUCUGAUGACGAGGAACCGGAGGAUGAUGUCGUCCUCAACAAAGAGGAGCUCGAGGAAGUUGCCCGGCUCGAACGAGAAUGCGCGGACCUGGAGCAAAGGAUGAGAGGCCUCAACGCCGGCCAGCAGCGGGCACUCCUGGAAAACCUCGCGAACAGCUCGAGUGCCGUGAUGGGAGGGCUUUUGGCCGAUACCAUCAGGCGCACCGCCCAGCUACGAGGGCAGAAGGGUAAAGGGGGGUCCAGCAAUGUCAAGGUGAGGGCAUCCAACGACACUGCUCGCAACGACCCCAAGUACCUGGCCGAUUUGGAGGCAGGUGUAUCCACGGCAGUGGCGUUUCAACGCCAUCGCUCCCGACUUCGUGCCGUACAACACCAGGUGGCCCAGGGCAAUGUGGCGUUACGGCGUUACAGCCCCGUGCCACCCCCCUGCAGAGGGCGGGGAGUCACCUGGACCCAGGAGGAGCAAUUCCUCGAUUACUUGGAGGCGAGAGUCAAUGCGGAUGCAGAGAGAGCGGAGCCCACAACCGCUUCCAAAUCCGCAGGUGCUCCCCCCCCCCCAGGUGUACCACCUCAUACUGGCACUACAGCGAGCACCCCGUCGGGAACCUCUUCUGCACCAUCGGGUACAACCGCGGACGGGCGGCCAGAACCUCCCCCACCUCGUUCCGAUCAGCCGGAAGAUCGAGAAGCUGGGCGGCCAGUGCCUCCGGACCAAGGUGACGAUCAGCCGGGAGCCCAACCCUCAGCUCCUUCUACAACGCCUGAGGGAGGUGAUGCUGCAGGUGACACCGCCCCAGCUGGGAACGAUUUACCGGCUGAUGAUUCAGCACAAAGUUCCGCGGUGGACGGUUUUCAUCUUUAA